GCACUGAUUGCUAAUUCGAGUGAGACCUUCUGUGUCGAAUUGCAAUUUUAAAAUUCAGUGAAAAUGGCAGUGAAAGUUUUUAUUUUUGUGUUGGCUGUUGCCUUUUUGAAAGAAGCUGCUGGUCAUGGUAUGAUGCUGGAACCUGCGAAUAGGGCUUCCUUGUGGCGAUUUUAUGCCGCAGCCCUUACAGAUUAUGAUGACAAUGCAUUCAAUUGUGGAGGUUUUUGGACACAAUAUGGUCUCAAUGACGGAAAAUGCGGUGCCUGUGGAGAUAACUACGCUAGUCCCGUUCCAAGAAGUAAUGAAAACACCGGCACAUUUGGAAAUGGAAUCGUAUCUAGAACUUAUACCUCUGGAAGCGUAAUCACGACUUCUAUAACUCUGACUGCAAAUCACAUUGGUGCAUUUACUUACAGUUUGUGUGUCUUGUCGAAUCCUUCGCUACCUGAAACUGAAGAGUGCUUUACCGACUUGACUCUUGCGGAUGGUUCUUCGUCUUACAGCGUUCAAGCUGAUGAUUACAUUGUUAACAACAAGGUUCAACUUCCUGCUGGACUUACAUGCGACCGCUGCGUUUUGAGAUGGCAUUACAAGAGCGGUAAUUCGUGGGGAACGUGCAGCGACGGCACCCAGAAGAUGGGAUGCGGAGCUCAAGAAACUUUCAGAUCGUGUGCUGAUAUAGCUAUUGUUAGUCCGUAAAUCGAUCACCCUUUAAGUCUUCUACUCGCUCAACAUCUCAUUAUGUUAACGAAAAAUAAUAAAAAUAUUAAACAUACAA